AAGAAGGAAUAAAAACACCUCAGAGGUGUUAAAAGGAUUUUACGCCUUUAUCAAAGUUGUCGAUUCGAGGCUGAUUUUGUGAUUUUUUUCGGGUACCUAAUAGUUUCAUCAACGACGGUCGAAGUUUGAAAAUGUGAUUUUUUUUUUUGUAAUAGUCGUAAAUUCGAGGUAAAUUUUUUCGAGUGUGUUUUUUAUGAUUAUUUUGAGUGUUGUGGCGGUGUUUAUGUACACAAAUUAGAAAAUCAAACGAAAAUGACGAUUACUGGUAUCUUGGAUGUUUUAGGACAGCCUCAUUUUGAGAGGCUGAAAUCUGGCGGAUCAGAUUUCGGAAAUGAAUCAAUUGUCGAUAGAAUCAAUCCUCAAAUGUUGUAUUUGGUCGAUUCGAUGUGGUACCAAUAUCCACCGUUGAGUACAUUUUGGUACGUGCUAAUUGGUUUAUUUAUGUUUUGCAUCGGCAUAAUAUCCGGCAUCGGUAAUGGUCUGGUCGUGUAUAUUUUCACAACAACGCCGAAUCUUCGAACACCUUCGAAUUUAUUAAUAGUUAAUCUAGCGUUCGCCGAUUUCUGUAUGGUGUUUUACAUGGUACCUGUGAUGGUUUACAAUAGCACCCAAGGAACCUGGAAUCUGGGCCCGUUAGCUUGUUCAUUGUACGGAGUGAUCGGAUCCAUGUUUGGUAAUUGUUCCAUUUGGACGAUGGUUAUGAUCGCCAUAGAUAGAUACAACGUUAUCGUUAAAGGUAUUUCUGGUCCAAAACUAUCCAUCAAGUCGGUCUGUAUUAUUAUGUUUAUUAUCUGGGUUCACGGAUUAAUUUGGACUUUGGCUCCUGUCUUCGGAUGGAACAGGUAUGUUCCUGAAGGAAAUAUGACGUCCUGUGGUACAGACUAUUUGACCAAGGACUGGAAGAGUCGUAGUUACAUCCUCGUCUAUUCUGUAUUCGCAUACUUUACACCUUUGUUCACCAUCGUUUGGGCCUAUUUCCACAUCGUUAAAUCUGUUGCAGAUCACGAAAGAAACAUGAGAGAACAGGCGAAAAAAAUGAACGUGGAGUCGCUUCGAGCUGGUGACGGAGGCGAUACAAGAGCGGAAAUAAAAAUUGCCAAAGUGUCACUUAUGGUAAUCGCAUUAUGGUUCAUGGCUUGGACUCCUUACUUGAUCGUCAACUACGCCGGUAUCUUCGAAAUUUUCCCAUUAUCACCUUUAUCUACAGUUUUGCCAGCCGUGUUCUCCAAAGCAAACGCCAUCUAUAAUCCAAUCGUGUACGCUAUCAGUCAUCCGAAAUAUCGACAAGCGCUGAGCGAAAAAUGUCCGUUCUUCUGUAGUGCUGACACCUCGUCAAAGUCGGACGCUGCCUCUGAAAAAACUGCCGCCACUAAAACAUAAUAAUAUAGUACGAUUUUAAGCGGACUGUAUUCUAAAAUACGUGCAUAUUUCUCUUCAUUUUAACGGAUUCAAUUGAUACUCAUGAGUUUGGAGCACAUAAAUGUAUGCAUACGACGUUAAAUAUGUACGUUGGUACGUUGCAAUCGUCGUUAUGUUUCCUUGUUUUGUUUUUGUUUUUCGUUGGUUUCUAUUUUUUAAACAGUGUGUGAGAGUCACAAAAUAAGAAAAUUUAUCUAUAGAAUAGAAUUUGUUAUUAUAUAUACCUAUGUAUUAGAAUCGAGAGCAUUUAUCGAACUUACAAAGAACGAUAACAUAAAUAAUAAUUCAUUUACAUAUAUUUAUAAUUUUAUACAAUUUUCAAACAAAAAAAAACCUACAUUACCUAUCUACAAUAAUACAUCAUCUAUAACGAAUAAUAGUAAUAAUAAUAAUAAUGCUAUAUAUUUUGUACAUAGUUCAAAGUACAUAUUCGAACAAUAUGGAUCACAGAUAAAUAAAAAUACGAGUACAUCUCGAAUCACAGUACCAAAAGAUUUUUACUAUAACUAUUACGUACUAUACGGAAAGAUGAUGAUACGAUAUAAUGUAUGAAAAAAAUAUCACAUAUUAUUUUACGAAU